AUGUGGUGGCUGCUGGUUGUGUUGCCGGCGGCGAGUUUCGGUAACGACACCAUCAGAAUGCACUGCCAACAACUCGACAUGUGUGGAUACCAACAGUUGCGUUGCGACUACGACGAAUCGCAGCCACAGUGUGGAGGUCUGAUGAACUUCGUCGCGCAUGUCGUCCAAACCUCUGCAACGUCACCGGUCGAGCACACAUGCUGCAAUCUGUUCAACCCUCGUGCACCGCACACGAUUCCGACGCAUGUUGGCAACGACUGCUUUAUCUACGAACUACCUGAUGGCUCUUCACAUCCAAAACAACCUGACAGCCACGAUGACACCCCGUACACCGUGCUGAAGGUACAGAACCAAGCGCUUCCGAAAUUCCCGAACACAUCGACGGGAAUGUCCGGUUACCGUCUUCGUCUCUACUUGCUCAAAAACAAAGCUCCUCCGACAUUGCUGGUGAAGGGUAUCGAACGGAGAUUGGUUCUCAGGAGCAGCCAAGUGAAUGGAAGGCAAUCAGCUGGAGCAGUUGGACGAGUUCCACCAGCCGAGGGAGGUCCGCAACACAUCCAUGUGCACGUAAACGCCAGCGGAAACAACAACAAUGUCAUAGAUAGUGGAAGGGGAGCCUCCGAACCCGGCCAUAUCAACAUCACAGUACACACUGGACAGUUUGGGGGUGGCGGCGGUGAUGCCUUCAACUCUAAGCAAGGAGGGCUACCGAACGCCGAAGGCUCCAGCACUGGAUCAGGAAGAGGAGGUGAAGACGGCGAUAGCAGCGGUAGAGGUGGACGCGGGAGGCACCGAAAAGGAGACGGUGAGGAUUCUGGCGACGUUGACAGCAAAAAGGGCACCAGGACACAAAAUCGGCAUGGGAAACCAGAUGAUGCAGAUGGAGACGACGGAAACGGAGACAGCGGAGAGCGUGGAGGACGAGGAGGAAAGCGAGGAAAACACGGCAAAGAAGGAAAGCAUGGAGCACGGGACGGAAAAGGCGAUGAAGGUGAUGGCGAUUCUGGAGGUGAAGGCGAGGACAAUGGACGUGGUGAUGGAGGAGCUGGCAAGCUAGGAAAGGACCGUUCGAAAGGAAAAGUGACAGGCAAAGGGAAAGGAGGAAAAGAUGCUGAUGGAUCAGGUGGAAAAGGAAAUGGCAAAGGUGGAGAUGGAGGAGAUGGAGGCGACGGGAAGGGUGGCGCUGGGACUGACGGAGACGGAGACGAUGGCGCUGGAGACGGAGGUUCCGGCACAAGAGGUGGAAAGGAUGGGCGCGGAGGAGCAGGAAAAGGCGACUCCGGUCAAGGAAAGGAUGGAAGCAAAGGAAAAGGCAAAGGUGGAGAUGGCUCCAGCGGAGGCGAUGGUAGCGACUCUGGAAAAGGAGGCAAAGAAAGCGCCGGUAAAAACGAUGGAGACGGUGGUGCCUCUGGAGGCGAUGGAAAGCCAAGUCGAGGAGGAGACGGCGCUGAUGGCAAAAGUGGUCUCCCGGAUGGUGAAGGCUUGGGAGCUGAUGGGAAAGACGGGCAGAGCGGCCGUGGGAAAAUUCAAAGUCGACAAGAAGUCACAGAAGACCCGUCUGGAGCUGCUGGAGGUGACGGGUCAACCAAAGGAACCACCGAUUCCACUGGAGCUUCGACACCAGAAGAUGGCACUGGACUGAAAACCACUCUCGAUGGAGGCAAAGGGACGAGUGACAGAACAUCGGAAGGGGUGAAAUGGACCGACGACGACGGAUUGAGCACACCUGACCUCUUCACAACCGACCAAUUCGUCGCGUCUCCUGCGGGUGGAGGAGCAGGCACCACAACUGCUCGUACAAUUACAGGAGGAGCAGGAGCCAGCAGGGCAGCCGGUGAAGGAACUGAUGCCCUGCUUACAACUGGCCCGCUGGCAAAGAAGUCAGCAACCACCAAGAAGCCCAUGUCACGAGCCGCAUCCACCACUGCAAGAGCCGCGGGAGCUCGUGCCGCAGCAGCCGCCAAUUUUGCAGCAACUGGAGAUUCCGGCGCUGCUGCUGGUGGUGGUGGUGGUUCUGGUGCAGGAGCAGAUCCUGGGCCAGCACCUGACAGACAACCUGAGGCGGACGCAGCCGCUGAUCCGGGGCCUGCUGCAAAGGCCGCUGCUCAGUUGAAGAAAAUGAACUGCUUCCCAGCUGAGGCCGUCGUUACCACCGUCACCGGACAGAAACGAAUGGAUCAGCUAGCUGUGGGAGACUUCAAAAUGAUCUGGGUUUACAAGAAGCUUAUCUCUCAG